AUGGCUCAAGCUUGUUGUAAAGUUGUGUGGGCUUCUACUAUUCUGGCAGAUUUUGGAAUAAAAACAAAAAAGAUUUACAAAUUCUACAAAUCUCUGCCGGUUUUUGACCGAUCAUUGAUCAAUUACCCUCCGAAAUUGGACUCGCUUUACUGGAAAAACUCUCAGAGAAUGCCGCUGCAAUCGCGCCACCCUUCCUUGCCGACGAAUCGCAUUCGAUCGACCUACAGUUUCACCCAAUCGGAGAUUCAAAACCUGAAGAGCUCGAUUCAGGAGAAACUUCCGAAUACAACUCGUCUCUCAUCUUUCGUUGCGAUCGCAGCUUACAUCUGGUCUACUUUAGCGAAAUCACUCAGAUCUGCUUCAGCAGACAACGAAAACGACGACGGCGACGCAUUUUUCCUGAUUCCGAUCGAUCUACGGCCGCGUUUGGAUCCGGCGGUGCCGGGGAACUACUUCGGAAACUGCCUGUCCUUCGCGCUGCCGAGGAUCGGGCGGCGGGAGCUGGCCGGAGAGGAGGGGCUGUUCGCGGCGGCGAAGGUGGCGGCGGAGGCGAUAGAGAAGAGGACGAGCGAUAAGAAGAUUCUGGAAAGUGUGGAGAAGUGGUCAGGGGAGAUUCGGGAAGCACUGCAGAAGUCGUUCUUCUCGGUAGCGGGGGCGACCCGACUGGACCUAUACGGGGCGGAUUUCGGGUGGGGCAAGGCGAGGAAGCAGGAGAUAUUCUCGGUUGAUGGGGAGAAAUACGCGAUGACGCUUUGUAAAGCGAGGGAUUUUGAAGGAGGAUUUGAGGUUUGUUUGUCUUUGCCUAACCACGUUAUGAAGGCUUUUGAUGCUUAUAUUGCUAAGCUUGCUUCUGAUUAGUAAUGUGUUUUUAUUUGAUUGUGUAUUGGAGUCGAAUAGAAUUACUUCACUAUCUAUCA